UUUUGGUAUGAACAAAUAAUCAAAAUUCAAAAGUGGACUUUGUUCUCGCUCGCAGAAAGGCUUGAGCCAAUCCAGAAUUCUAGGGUUCAUCCUCCAAACUAAAAAUGGCAGAAAAGCAGGAGAGAGAAAAGAGCAAAUUCAGCAUAAUCGUGCCUACUUACAACGAGCGUCUUAACAUUGCCCUAGUCGUUUACCUCAUCUUUAAACAUCUCAGGGAUAUUGACUUUGAAAUAAUAGUCGUGGACGAUGGGAGUCCAGAUGGUACUCAAGAAAUCGUUAAACAGUUGCAGCAAGUGUACGGGGAUGAUCGGAUAAUUUUGGCAGCUAGACCUAAGAAACUUGGGCUAGGAACUGCAUAUGCUCAUGGCUUGAAGCAUGCAUCUGGCAAUUUUAUUGUAAUUAUGGAUGCUGAUCUCUCGCAUCAUCCAAAAUAUUUACCAAGCUUCAUCAAGAAACAGAUGGAGACGGGUGCAAGCAUAGUAACCGGAACUCGAUAUGUAAGCGGUGGUGGUGUACAUGGGUGGAAUCUUAUGCGCAAACUUACAAGCAGAGGGGCAAAUGUACUUGCACACACAAUUCUUUGGCCAGGUGUUUCAGAUUUGACUGGAUCAUUUAGGCUUUACAGGAAAUCUGUUGUUGAAGAUCUCAUUAGGUCUUGUGUCAGUAAAGGUUAUGUGUUUCAAAUGGAGAUGAUUGUUAGAGCGUCAAGAAAAGGCCAUCAUAUUGAAGAGGUUCCAAUCACAUUUGUUGAUAGAGUAUAUGGAAGCUCAAAACUUGGUGGAUCUGAAAUUGUGGAAUAUUUGAAAGGCCUUGUAUAUCUUCUGUUCACAACAUGAUACCUGUAAUUAAUCAGUUUUUCGGGAUUCAGUAUUGGAAAUGCAUAUGAUGAAACAUUAAAGCAGGGAUGAGAAUGGAUGAUAUCCUGUCCUUGGAAAUUUUAUGCCUUAUCAUACAGUUUUGUUUCUGAGUUAA